AUGCCUCCUAAAAAGAAUCCAGGCGCACGGCGCCGUGGUACGACUUUGUCACUGAACGAUUUCUUGCGCGACGUUGACAAUUCAAAUCCGACAGAUCCGACCCCUGACCCGAAUCCGCCGAUGACGACUAAUGAAUCCAGUCGCUCUCGUAAUCGUCAGCCACCCAAUCGAUCUGGCAAGAAUGCCCGUCAAAAUGGCGAAAAGCUCUCACCCUCUGCAGUUGGAUCCAAUGGCUCAAAUCCAGUUAAUCCGACCGAUACCAAGCCGCCGAUGGCGACUUAUGGAUCCAAUCGCUCUCGUAAUAGUGCUCAUCAAUAUAACGAUCAGACAUCCAAAGCUGCAGUUGGAUCCAAUCGUUCUGGUAAUAAAUCCCGUCGAAAUGGCGGCAGGUCGUUCGCCUCCAAUCGUUCUGGUAAUAAAUCCCGUCGAAAUGGCAACAGGCCAUCCGCUUCUGCAGUUGGAUCCAAUCGUUCUCAUCGGGAGUCAAAUCCACCAAAACCGACAAAUGCAAAUCCUCAGUGCCAUCAAUUCGGCGGUCCAGCUGGGUCCAAUUGUCCUGAUAAUAGAACCCUCCAAAAUUACGAGAAUCCAUAUAGCGCUGAACUUGGAUACAAUCAGCCAUUCAGCCCUGGCGUAAAAUACACCCGGCUGUUUGGUUAUAAAAUCGCUAUAAAUCCCGAUCAGGAGCUAUAUUCACCAACACCAGAACCGACAGAUACCGAUCCGCCGAUGGCGGCUAAUGGAGCCAGUUUCCCCAGUACUAAUACCCCUCAAAAUGACGAUCCUCCAGACACGUCUGCAGAUGGAACCUCUUAUAUAAAUUGUCAUCAAAAUGAUGACGGGCCUGCAACUGCAGCGGCUGCCAAUAGACAAGAUUUGACUGGAGCAGCACCCUGCGUCUGGGUAUCCCCUAAUAGUCCACUAUAUCUUUAUCAAGGAGGCGCUCUCAUUGGCACUACAAGCAUCGGGCAGUAUUUUGGUCUGGAAGGCACUCCAGAAACGUGGAAUCGGGCAGCACCGUUAGCCCUUCAAGCUUCCAGUGUAGACUCAUCCCAGAAUCUGGUGAUGAGUCGGGCUGUUCUGGGUCCUGGUCUGGUGAUGAUGCAUGCUUUUGUGGACCCAUUGAUCCAACCAACUGGCCGUACACGCAGAGGACAACGUACCCGGAAAAGGCGCGGCAGACGCGGGAAGAAGACCCUUGAAGACCCGCAGUCUGAAUUUAUGGUCGAUUCGAUCCACCGGCAACAGUCGUGUAGGGGGAAUUUGCCGCCACAAUGCUAUUACGUCAAACAGCCGUACCAAUCUGCAUUAGAACAGCAAUACAUUCACGAGUCACUGUCAUAUAAUGGACCCAAUUGUGGAGUCCAGCCUCAGUCAUAUAAUGGAACCAAUUGUGGCGCCACUGGAAUCGCAGGUCAGCAACAAAUUACAACCAUAUAUCACCGUGGGCGCCAGCAGAUAACCAACACUCAGAAUCGCAAUGGUCGCAUCCAACGGUACGGGAAUCAAGGGCAGGUGGCCACGCCACCGAGUGUCCUGACCGGAAGGAUCCAUCCGAUGGAACUACCUCUGCCACCAGAUUUCUCUCGCUUUGAUGCGACAAAGAUCAGCAUGCGACGCCGUUACCAGCGCUGUAGACGCAGAGCCAGGCGUUAUGCGCCAUCCGUGACCGUGGAAAUCGAGAAUGCAUACCCGGCGCCGGAACCACCACUGGAAACUCUAUGUUGCAACUGCCAAUUUCCAGACCGAGACCCUAUUUCGCAGACGACCACGGAUACGGUUUCGUGCCCAAAUCCGGCUAGCUUUCUGGCUGUUCCGUUUGAUCAAUACGAUGGUGAAACGGGAAGGUUCAAGAAAAUGACCGUGCAAAUGCUUAUACCACCUGGUCGGAUCGAUAUUCCAGAGCACAUAUCAACAUCGAUGGUGAUCUAUAAUCCGGAGUCGGGGACGAUAGCCGCCCGUUUGGACUCGGAGCCGGUGCCGGCCGCAUUGGAGAACAAUAAUUACAAUGUGUCCCAGUCGGUUUUUCGGAUGGCCAGCCUCCCGAGCACGGGGGUGGGAACGGAUCGGGCUGGGGCUGGUUCAACUAUUUGGGCAGGGUGCAGCCUACCAUCAUCCAGAUGUGGCCACGAACGGGAUUGGCGCUUCCUCAGUUCCUGGUGCCACACACCGAUGGGAAUUUCAUUCCAUACUGGCCAAUUCCAGGCGAGACGACCUCCUUUCAGCCAGCACCCGGCUCGGAGUCUGCUACAGAUCCAAAUCAACGAUAUUACGCAAAACCCGGCACCGGAUUCUACAAUCCUCAGUCGUCAGAAGGGAUUGAUGAAUACCCCAUACCGAUCUCUCCUACACGAGAACGAGAAGCUUCCGUUGACCCGAGGGUCAUCUGCACCGAUUUGGAAUUCAUUUGCAAGGUUCUCGAAAUUACUCCAAGUCCAACGGCAGAAGCAGGAGAUGGUUCUCCAAAUUUCAUUCCUGCGGUGCUCAAUUCACAGCUCAAUUCAAACGUUCCAGAAUACAUUCCACGGCGGUUUACCGCAGAAUUCCAAGACCAGCCUCAAGCUGGUCACUAUGGAUCUGGAGGAUACCAAAACGACCAAUCAAGACCAGGUCAAGGUCAUGGACAAGGACAUAUCCCUCGUCGACGUCAAAGAAGAACAAGGCGUUCUGCGCAUCACAACUAAGUCAUUCCCAAUUUUGUCAACUGAUGCUCAAGGACCAUUGCCCACCGGCCCCACCUCGACAGUGCCAACAUACACGCAAAACUCUUACUCUUACUCUCGCUUAAUCGAUUAUCUCGGCAUUGCGGCACCAGCGGACAGAAGCCUGAUCUCACACAUGUCUACGCAGGAACAUAUUCGCGCUAAUCAGUUCGACGUGUCAUUUGCCAAGCUGGCCAUGCGUCUGGAAGUAUUUUAAUAUGAUUUUAGUCUUUAUAAAAUAACAAUCACAAUCACUGUCACACUUCAAAUUUAUAUCAUAUCAUUCAAUUUUUAAAAUUGUAUAUGCACAGGCAUAUCUCUUGAGUUCACCCACGAAUUGUUACACACGCU